AUGACGUUGAAGAGUGCCAAGACCCAGCGACUCGAGUUGCUCUUCUCCGCAUUGGCCGGAUUGGGCCUGACUGGGCCUAUCGGUUCGGCUUCUCCGUUCUUCCUCUCCAACCAUCUUCCCGACAACUGCCUGGGAGAACCACACAUUCACUUUCGACAGGCACUGUACUUUACGCCAGACAGAACCGAGAAGCCCGGAACUACGAUCUGCGACGAUUUAUCAACUGCAUUAUCUCUCAUCGGACUCCGCACUAGUACCAGAAUGAACCCCGAGAUGGACGACGACCGGUCGUCUUCGACCCCAACCGCCGCAUCGAAGUCGGUCUCUGGCCAGGAUAAAGAGAAGCCCCGCUUGACUGAUCAAGAGAAGAAGAAUAACCACAUUGCCUCCGAGCAGAAACGCCGCGCCGCGAUUCGCGAAGGCUUCGAUCGGUUAACAGAACUGGUGCCUGGACUUGAGGGGCAGGGCCGCAGCGAGAGUAUCGUGUUGCAAAAGACCGUCGACUUCAUUCACCUGCAGCUGCAAGAACGUCACAACCUCAUCGCUGAGAUUGAGAACAAAGGAGGCCGAGUGGAUGAUUCUUUCCGGCCAACAUAA